CAACAGCUUUUUUGGGGGAAAAGAGAGAGAGGUAGAGAGGGCAGGGGGAGAAUGGGGUCAUAAAUUAUCAAGGAGAUAAGUUUGGUCAAGGUGGUGUUUGUUCUCUUUGGAGAUCUCCAGGUUAGUUUCAUGGCUUUAUUGCAUGGCAUCUGUCUUUUGGGAGAGUUCCUGAGUUUUGGCCUCAGAAUUAAUUUUAUAAGGAAAUAAAUUUGCUCCCUACACACGCAUGCUUAUUUGUGUUCUCCCAUGUGUUCUUUUUGAUCUAAUGUUUUUUUUUAAUUUUUUUAGGCAUUGCACUUUAGAGAGUGUCAGUGCUGUUUAAUUUUGAAUGCAUUUUGUUAAAAAUGAAAUCCUGAUGUUGUAGUCUGACCUAUUUGAACACACAGGUGAUCAUAAACUCCACCCUCUUACAGCACUUACCAGGAAGAGACUCUCAUUUCUCUUUUCUGUCAAACUGGCUCUCAUGUCUUAACAAAAGCAAUAAAGAAUCACCGAUCAGUGAAGAAUAAAGAAAUAUACUUUAAAGAAGGAUUUUUGAGACGUUUGUUUCUGAACAGACAGCAGAUCUUUGUGAUUCUAAUGGUGAUUCUUUUUAAAACCAUCAUUCUGAAAGUGAAAGUAAAGUUUAGGUUGCUGGAGCUCGAACAGUGAGAAUGGCUUCAGCAGACGAAGAUGAUUAUAUCUGUCCUGUGUGCUGUGAAAUCUUCAAGGCUCCUGUUCUUCUGUCAUGUAGUCACAGUUUCUGUAAAGAGUGCCUUCAAAAGUUCUGGAGAACCAAGGAAACCCAAGAGUGUCCUGUCUGCAGGAGAAGAUCGUCAAGAGAAGAACCACCAUAUAAUCUGGCGUUAAAAAACUUGUGUGAGUCGUUUCUGAAGCAGAAAAAUGAGAGUUGUUCAUCAGGAUCUGAGGACAUCUGCAGUUUACACAGUGAGAAACUCAAACUCUUCUGUCUGGAGGACAAACAACUGGUGUGUUUAGUGUGCAGAGAUUCAAAACAACACGACAAUCAUAAAUUUAGACCCAUCAGUGAAGUGGUUUCAUCAUACAAGGAGAAGCUCAAUACAGCACUGAAGUCCUUACAAGAGAAUCUAAAACACAAUAAAAAAAUGAAAGGAGGGUUUGAGAAAACAGUUCAACACAUCAAGUCUCAAGCUGAGCACACAGAGCAUCAGAUUAAACAGCAGUUUGAGAAGCUUCAUCAGUUUCUCAGAGAUGAAGAAGAAGCUACAAUCACUGCACUGAGGGAGGAAGAGGAGCAGAAGAAGCAGAAGCUGGAGGAGAUGAACAGACACAUCUCAGCUCUUUCACACACAAUCAAAGACAUGGAGGAGAUGAUGAAAGCCAGUGAUGUCUGCUUUCUGAAGGAGUUUCCAGUCUCAAUGGAAAGAGUCCAGAUCUCAUCACAGCCGGAUCCACAGACGCCUUCUGGAGCUUUGAUUCAUGUGUCACGUUACUUGGGCAACCUGCCCUUCAGAGUCUGGAAGAAGAUGCAGAACAUCGUCCAGAACAUUCCCGUGAUUCUGGAUCCAAACACUGCGAAUCCAUGGCUUGUUCUGUCUGAUGAUCUGACCAGUGUGACAAACAGCAGGAACAAACAACCUCUUCCUGUUAAUCCAGAGAGAUUUGACUUCUAUCCCUGUGUUCUGGGUUCAGAGGGUUUUAAUUCAGGAACACACUGCUGGGUUGUGGAGGUUAAACAGAGUCAACGCUGGUGUCUUGGACUGACUAUAGCAUCAAACACGGGGAAGGGAUGUGAUUUCUUCAACACUGAUGUCUGGUGUGUGGAGUAUCUUCUGUCAGGACGGUAUUUAGGUUCUGGCUUUCGUGUGAAACGGAAGCUUGAUCGUGUGAGAGUGUAUCUAGACUAUGACAGAGGAACGGUGUCAUUCUCUGAUCCUGUAACUAACACACAUCUACACACAAUCACAACCACCUUCACUCACACACUCUUUCCAUUCUUCUAUUGUUUUGACUCUCUGAGAAUCUUACCAUUUAAUAGUCAGUAAACGUUACUCCUGUAGGUCUGGAUCUUGCUGCUUUCAUCAUGGUUCUGGUAUUUAAUCCAUAUCUCAUGAGUAAGAGUGCUGUUGAUCUGAAUAUCUGUCCGGUGGCUUGGCUGUGAUAUCCAGCACUACAUCACUCACACUUUUAUAUUGCUUUAAUACAACUAGAGCCGGAUGAUGCGGCGGUGCUCUGGGCAUGAACGGAUUUUAAAGCCACCCUUGGUUGAAAUUAGAGAGUUGCAUUAGGAUUGGGAUCCUCGUGGGAGUGGGUGAUUUUACCUUUACUACGGGCAGGAGUGGGCAGUCAAAAAAAUAUAACGUGGGUCAUGCCAUCCCGCGAUUUGGUGCAUAACAAAAAUAGAGUUACAUAAACACUAGGCUUGCUGCAGAAGUCGGUGUUAUACGGUGUUUCGUUGCACACGCGGCACCACCCCAAUUUUUCUUUUGCAUUUUAUAGAAAUAAAAAUCAUUUACUUCAAAAGGAAAAUGUAUAUUGUAUUUUCAUAAAGUUUUUGUCCUCUCCCCAAAUUUGUUACUACUGAAACACAGUAAUAAUAAUUUAAUUAUAAGGGUUAUAUUGACCUAUUAAGAUUUUGCUUACAUAUAUUUUUUACUAUGUUAUUAAAAAUAAUAAUAAUAAAUAAAAAAUCAGAGGUAAAUCAAUAACAAUUACAUUUUUAACACCAUUUCAAUUGUAAUUUAUUAGUUUUGUUGUAUUUUGAAUUAAAUUUGUCUUUGUAAAAAGCAAAAAGUUGAUCAUACUGAUUUCAAAUUUAAGCAUUAAUUAGUUUGAAUAUACAGUACAUUGAACAAAAAACUAUCAUAACAUCUUAGUUGAUAAUGCAGUAUACUUUAUUUUUGACAAAACAUCCCAUGUUUCAGUAGUGACUGCACAUUUUCCGUAGUGACAAUAAUGCUUUGGUAGCAACCACACAACAUUACAUAAUUUUAAAUUGCAUACUAAAACAUACUAAAAUACAAAUAAAUAAAUUAAUAAAUAGCAUAACCGUACUAAAAUGUAGUUUAUUUCCCCCAAAUAUGAGAAUUACGCGUUCCCUUUUGUCACUAGUGAAACAAUGGUGACAUGUUUCAUCCGUGACUGUUUCGGUAGUGACAAUUCUAUUCUACGAUAACACUCAAAAAAACAAAGAUGUCACUAUCAAAGUUCCACCAAAUGUUUCGGUAGUAACAAUUUUAGAUACUUUUGAACCUAGCUCAAAGAUGCUAAUCAGCACAUGGUUAACUAGCACAGUUCUGAACAGUUGUAAACACAAAAACUAAAUGUUAUGGAGUAACUCCCAAAAAAGUGUGCUUAAUUGCAGAAAAAAAAGGUGUUCAGUAGUGACGUUCCUUAAAGUUACACACAGACCUUUGAACAUAUUUACCUAAAACAAUGAUGGGACCUAUCUACUCACACCUUUUAGGUAUGAGAGAGGGGGACACAGGGAUAUUUCCUGAUCAUAAAUUUAGGGGUGUAGCUAAAAUCAGUUUCAGCCAAUGGAUUAAAACAUUCUCUGUUUCGGUAGUGACAUGAAAAAUGCGGGACACGUUUUUUUUUUUUUGGAAUAUUGUAGCCUAUUGUAGUAAUGUUGUCUCUGGUAUUCUGGUCUGUGAGCAUAUAUGCAUUCAGGGGGCGUGGCUUUUGAUGGCAAUUGCAGGGAGGGCGGGACGUUCGCUUUCGGUGCUAUCAGGCUAAAGUUAGCAUUUUCCAAGAUGUCCUACUGCACCUUUAAACAGCUGGGAAAGAAAUUGCAUGUUUAUAUUAUAUCUGUGUAUUAAGUGACAGCAUCGUAAUAUACAGUACCUAUACUGCUGUCUAGACUGUUAAUAUAACCCAAACAAUAAAACAAAAGCAGAAAACCACUGUUCUGGACUGAAUUACGUCUAUAGCCUUAACCCCUUAACUGUCACUUACAGUUUUGAACAUAGACAUUAUAGUGCACUAUCCAAACUGAAAUUUUUAUCAUUCAUGAAUGAAAACAUUUUGUAACAUGAUUUUGAUGUACCAUUUCCAUGGUAAUGCAAUGUCUGAUUUUAAAAUGGGUUUCAAAGGAUGAAUUUUGAGAUUUUAAGUUUUCAACUGUACAUGAUAGAGAAAAAGGCAACUAAAGCCUGGAAUACACUACACGACUUUUAAAAUCUGAACAGAUUUUUAAAACACUAGGCAUCAUACACUUACCGACUUUGUAAAUAGUGACAAAGGUAAACUGGGCAUCAUACACUACGCGACUGAAGAUCAUACACUACCAGACUUUAAAGUCGUUCCGAUCACAACAAACUCACACAGAAACGUGCGCCUUGUUGCUAGGAGACGCAAAGUCUGAAGCUAGAAAAUCUGAGUCUGUGACCAUCAUACACUACGCGAUUUUCUGUGGAAUCUGUCAGCUGUAAUCUGCAGACUGGCUCCGACUGUCCUCAACUAGCAUCAACUUGUUCAGACUGGAAAAUCGGGGGAAAAUCGGGGCAAAAAUCAUGUAGUGUAUUCCAGGCUUAAGAAGACUUUCUGUGACAAAGGUCAGAACUCCUGUUAUGAUGUAGAUUUUUCAGGUCCACUCUUGUCAUAAAUUAAUCUAUUACUUUUCCUACAUAACUUUUUAACAAAAAAAGUGGUAAAAUACCAAUUUAGGGGUCUUAGACCUUUCCAACGAUAUAUAGUUUGUCAUGAUUAGAUUAGGAUUCGAUUGUAAAAUAGUGACGUAAACGUAGGCGUCCCACAGAGGAGACGGUGAGAGUUAAGAGGUUAAAGACAUUUUUUACUUGAUUGCUGCUUUUAAAUGCUCUAGCGUGAAGAUAAACAUGGCAGAUUGUGUGCGGCUCACUCAGGGCGGAGUCUCUGCUAAUACGGCAGUGUCAAUCAACAAUCGUGGGUGGGGCCUGUACAGAUUCUGUGAACGGCUUGUUCUGAGACACUGCUUAAAAUUUAUGGAGAUUUAAAAAAGGAGCGGUUGGAUUUUUUAGGGUGGUUGUGUACACACACACUGCUAACACACAUUUAUUUUCAAUCAACAUGUAAAAGUUAAUUUCGCAUAAUAGGUGCCCUUUAAUAUUGAUGAGCCUUUUAGUCAUACAGUGAUUGUAUAACAACAGAUUUCAUAUUCAUGUAGGCUAUAUGCUUUUACGGUGAAAUAAUUACUUUGUCAUUCCAUGUUCAUUUUGACCACAAACAAGGGUUACACUUUAUUUUAAGGUGACCUUGUUACAGUGUAAUUAUACAUUUAAGUAUUGAGUAAUACUAACUAACUACAUGUACAUACGAUAUGGUUAAUAGUUAGGAUUAGGGAUUACUUGCAUGUAAUUAUGCAUAAUUUAUUUUUAUCAUAAUAGUAAGUACAUGUAACAUGUAAGGACACUGUAAAAUAAAGUGUUACCCAAACAAUUCACUGUCACUUUAAAGGGAUCAUGAAUUGCAUUUUUAUAUAUAUAAUAUAUAGUCUACCUAUAAUCAUUAAGAUUUUUACAUCAAUCACAUAAUUUAGAAAUAAAUGGACAUUUUUUUUUAAUGGAAAUUUUUCUACCCUGUUCUACAGUUAAAAGGGGGGCCCCUUAAGACUUCAACAUAAAAUAUUUCUUUGCAUAUAAAAAAAAGGUCAUUCAUGAGCUUUGUGGAAGAAUUGUUUAUUCCUAAUAUAUCAUUAAUAAAUGUACUUAUUCGUUGAUCACGGAACUGUCCAUCACAUUGUUGUUAAUAAAACACUCUAGGCUGCACUAUUAAAGG